AUGGCGGAAUUCAGCAUUAAGCAGUUGUUUAGUCCCUUCGUCGUGGUCAAGGUCCAGCGGGUCUUGGAGGAAGACGACGCCAAGUCCAUCUCCCCGACGAUGGCGCGGCGUAGCCCUUGUGGUUCACCGGAGCCCAGGCACUGGGCGCGGCAUGUGCCGCAACCGCAAGGGCCGCUCAAGGAGUUCAGCUACUUGAGCUUGGCGAAGGCGACUAAAGAUUUUGAGAAGGGGAACGAGUCCAGAUCAGGCGUGCUGUAUGCUGGCCAUCUUCUGUUUGAUGACACCCUCAUGAAAAAAGUUGCCAUAAAGAGGUUUCACAAGAACAUCACAGAUGAUUGCGAGCAAAUCGGUGAACAUCUUAGACGGAAGAAGUACAUGCUACAACACAGAAACCUCGUCACACUUUUCGGAUACUGUUUGCACGACGGCAAGCUGUACCUCGUCUACGACUGGAUGCGCUAUCAGAGCCUCGACUAUGAGCGCCAAAUUAUCAUCAAGGACGCCGCAAGGGGGCUGCUGCAGCUGCACGACAGAAAUGCCUUUCAUGGCGCUGUUAGGGCAUCCAACAUCAUGCUGGAACCGACCUCGACCGCCUUCCGAGGCCGCCUCGCCGACUUCAGGUACUCCACGGUGCUAGCUGAGCAUCAAGGGAGUGAACCAGCAACGGGGACGCUAGGGUCACUCCUAUACCCGGAAUGGAUCCUGAGCGCCGCCGCCGACGAAAACUCCGGCGCCCCUGGUGGCCCAAGUCUUGAAACGGACGUGCUCCAUUUCGGCGUAAUGAUGCUGGAGGUUUUGUGCGGCCGGCGCAUGUUCGCCCGCGACCAGCUCCCGACGGGAUACAGCUCACUGCUCGACUGGGUCCAGGAGCUCAACGGAGAGGCACGACUCGACGCGGCGCUUGACGAGGACACGAAUAAAGCCCCUGACUUCGACAAGGCCCAAGCCGAUGUGCUCUUACGGCUCGCCCUUCGAUGCAGCAACCCAGACCCAAAGCACCGGCCAACCAUCCGGACCAAAAUAUUAUUAGCUAACUAA